AUGAAUCCCUUAGUGCUCGAUAUCUUGGGACAACAGGAACGCAUCAAUCUACUUUACACCCUACUGACUCUCUGCUUCGAGCUGCCCUCCAGCGCCGCGCCUGUGGACAUCUCAACGUGUCUGCAGAGCGGCCUGAAUAGCUUGGCAGUAAACUUCCCGUGGCUCUCUGGAAAGGUAAACCAGCGCGAUGGCGUGUUCAUGAUAGACGACUUCCAAGAAACUAUCCCCCUCAUACUAAAAGACCUCAGCCACGAUCAAGAUUGUCCUGAUUGGCAGCAACAGCAAAGAGCUGGGUUUCCAUUCCGGAUGCUACACGAGACUGUCGUCGCGGGAUGCAAGACUCUUGCUGCGUCGACGUUUCCCGCUUCCGGGCUGCCAGUCUUUGUUGUCCAAGCCAAUCUUCUCGCUAAUGGCUUGCUGUUGACGUUCGCUGCCCAGCAUGGGUCAAUGGACAUGACAGGCUUAGGUCAAGUUAUGUCUCUCCUUUCAGCCGCUUGCCGAGGGGAGAGGUUUACAGAUUCUGAAAUUUCGGUGGGAAAUAUGAAGCGUCAGGAUAUCUUGCCUGUGCUAGAUGAGUCACUUGCAGCACAGGAAGAUGACUCAGCUAUGGACCGCGAUCGGCUCGCCACAUCUGAUCAACGGACUCCGGUGGAUCAGCACUGUUUACCGGCGGACCUCGUCUGGGCAUAUUUCUCCUUCUCUGCACCUUCCUUGAGAUCGCUUAAGGGCGAAGCCAACAGAACCAUGCCUGAAGGAAAGUUUGUUUCAACCGACGAUGUUUUGAGCUCCUUCGUCUGGCAAAGAAUCAUUCGCGUCCGCCUCCUGAGACUCAACGAGCCCAGCGUGCUUUACUCUACUCUUUCGCGCAACGUUGACAUGCGCCGUCAAUUCUCCGUGCCCGACAAGUAUCCAGGUUUCCUAAAUCAUGCCACCGAACACACCUUCCCGCUCGACUGCCUCGUGAAUCGGAGCCUCGGGCAGAUCUCUGCAGAGCUUCGUGCGGCCCUCGAACCCACAGCUCUCCGCCGCCGGUUCAACAUGGAGACUACCAGGAUCCGCUGCAAGCAGCCGCAACAGAAAGCAUACUCCAAUCCCGAACUCGACAUCAGAUUAAGCUCGUGGGCGAAAGAGAGGAGCUACGGGCUAGACUUCGGGUUCGGCUUGCCUGUCGCAGUCCGGAGACCCGCUUUCACUGAUGGUGCGAGAGAGGGUCUUGCGUACCUCAUGCCCAAGCGGCUGGACGGCGAGAUCGCUGUUGCCGUCUGCUUGCGCAGUGAUGAUCUCUUGAGGCUGAGGACCGACGUGGAGUUCUCCAGAUACAGUACCUACAUUGGCUAA